CCGAGCUGGUGGCGCCUCAGGGCCUUCCUCGGGUCUCGGCGCCCGUGGGAGGCCGCAGGGCCGUGCCCCCGCCUUGGUCGCUUCUCAGCGGGUUGCGUUUGUCGUUCCUGCAGGGUUGCCAGGGCAGAAGGAGUCUCCGCGGGUAACCGUGUAGGGCUUAAAUCAGAGGCAGCCUCAAUGCUGAACGUUUCGGUCAUAAAUAGUCACCCGUGUCCACCAAUGCCUGGUAGCGCUCUGGUCCCCAGUCCCCUAUGAAUUCCUCACUGCCGCGUUCUGCAUCGCCCCAGAAACUUAGCCCAAGCCUUGAGAACAGCACCAUUCAGAAACAGAGGCAAGAACUCCAGCUUUUAAUUGCAGAACUGAAAGAUCGUGAUAGGGAACUCAAUGACAUGGUUGCAGUGCAUCAGAGACAGCUUCUAGCCUGGGAAGAUGAUCGGCAAAAAAUACUGACUUUAGCAGAACGGUGCAACUUACUGAACAAUGAGCUGAUCAAGAGAAAUGAAAUUAUAAAAUCACUAACCAAAAGGUUAAAGUUCUUAGAAUCUCAGCAGAAUGACAGCAAGACAACAUUUGAAAAUACACAACAGAAGUUUAAAGAGCUGUCUCAAAAAGUAACAGAUGCAGUCAUUCACUGUCAGGCUCUGGAGGAGAAAAAUCGAAGUCUCCAAUGCUCGGUUUUGGAACUGUCCGCUAAAACAGGCCAGCUGCAAGCGAGAGAACAGGAGCUUCUUACUAUGCUUAAGCUGAAGGACGAGGUUAUACUUGAAACAACUGAUCACAUUACUGAGUUUACAUGUAAAUUCAAAAAGCUGGAAAGUGCAUUGUGUACAGCAAAGACAGAGGAAUUCAGUCUCAACAAAGAAAAGCAAGACCUCAAACUGAGACUGAAAGAACUAAUACUUGAAACAAACAAGCUGAAAGAUAACCUUUGUGAAAAGAUGAAGGAAAAUAAUAAGCAGCAGGAAGAAAUCAUUCGUCUCAGACAAGAAAAUGGCUGCUUGAGGAAUGAGCUCGCACUUCUUGUUGAGAAAGCAAAGAGAAAGGAUGAACUUCUUCAGUUUGCCAAGUCUAAACAAGCGCGGACUGACACAGAACUAUCAAGUUUGCGACAGAUCUAUGUAAAACAGCAGCGUGACUUGCAAUUUCUUCAUGUCAAUUUGGAGAGCUCUCAGGAAUUAAGGCAAAAGCAUGAAAAGGUGGCACAUGAAAGGAGCAUAGGUGUGGUAUUCUCUGCCCCUGAAAGUAACAGCGAGACAGACACGGUUAGGACGGAGGGCACCCACAGGAUAUGCGAGGAGUGUGGAACUGCAAAAGUUCCAAAAAGUAGGGUAAAAACCACCUGUGAGAUGUGUGAAGUAGAUAAUAGACUGUUGCUGAAUGCAUCAGACUUGGAGGAAACUACCUCAGCAUACUUAAACCGGUGUCAAAAAGUUGUGAAAGUCUUGGCUGUCCUUUCGGAAGAAGAAGAAAAGCAGGAUGUUGCAUCAAGCUCUGAUGAGCUAGGCAGCAAAGUAUUUUGUGAGGCAAAUGACACAAGACCAUUGAGAAACGGGGAAGUUGCUGCGAAUGGAGUGGAAAGCAGAGACCAACAAACCUUUGAGUCAUCUUCACUUGAAUGUGAGCAUUGGCUUAACGUCAGUUCUUGUGUAGAUUUGCAAAGUACUUUGAUCCAGAACACUGUCACAUCUGACAAAACUGAUAAUGAAAAUACAACCUUGGAAGAGAGAAACAGAAUUUUGUUUGGCCAAAAAAGCAGAGAGACUCCUGUUGCAAUUCACAAGUCUGAAUCUGAUUCCUGUAGUAAUAUCUUCAUCUUAAAAAAAGAUGCAUGGUGGAAGCCAGUAUCAGAUCCAGAAUGGUUGAAGAUUUUCAAACCCGUUGAAGGACAUGGCAGUAUAUGGCAUGGAAAAGAUUGCAACUCUCUCAAGACUGCACAAGAGAUGAAAUGUGUCAGCUCAAAAAGUGAAGAAAAUGUGGAUCUGAAUUCUUUUCACUUGGAUUCUCCUUGUUUGACAUCCACCCAGAAAGGAGACAGGCCGCAAAGAUGUGAGAAAUUCUCUGAUGAAGACUUCCCUCUGGAGAUCAAUAACCUUUCAGUGACUAAGCCAACAAACAGAUGCUGCAAUGCUACCAUGGACCAAGACACUAGUUCCCCCAUAAGUAAGCUGCAGCAUGUGUUGGCCGAGUCUCGACAGAUGGUUGCUGAUCUGGAGCUUAGCACUCUCCUCCACGCGAGCCCUCGCUGCAGUCCAAACCACAGCAGCAUUAAUACGACAACGGAACUCGCAGAAGCUCUUCACAGAACCCAGUUAUCUGUUGCAGAAGAAAGAGAUGCUAAGCUUCCAUUCUUUUCUCUUUGAUGCUCUGUGAGUAUGAAGGUGUUCUCAACUUGAUUUUUUGUUUUGGUUGAUUUUUUGGUUUCCCUCUUUAUUAUUGCAUCUGCAAUAUUAAUACAGGUCUAUGGAUUUCUGAGAUUACUAUGGACAUGGUUUAGUGGUGGACUUAGCAGAGUUAGGUUUACGGUUGGACUCGAUGAUCUUGGAGGUCUUUCCCAACCUGAAUGAUUCUAUGAUCCUGGCACAAGAUUCUAAGUGCACUCUGAAUGCAUUUCCAAUAAAACUCUUGUGAGUACUAUAACAGCAGACAGAUACUAAGGCAGCAAGUAAUUCCUUUAGUUAAAUAAUUAAACUUUUCUCAAGCAUGGUCCUCAUCCUCUGGGCAGUCAGAUCUUGCAGCUCCAUUCCCGAGUACCUGCACACCGCUUAUUGUAGUUGAAGUCCUCCUGUGUGUUGCAGAUAACAGGAUCAAGGAUACGAUCAUUGUUGAAUAAGAGAUUGGGAAGUGUUUUUCAGUGCCACAGCCAAGGGCCUUUUUAUUAUAUUGUUCCUGGGCUAUGAGCUCCAAAAGUAGAAUGUAUUGAAUAGAGCUGUUUCAGAAUAUAAAAAGCAGCCUUGCCCAUAGCAGGUGGUUUUUUCUUUUUGAACCAGGAAAUUUCUCACUCUGAUUAAUUGUUCUACUAAUGUGAAUUGGAUGCUUGCAAUAGGCACCACAUUGUCUGGUUCUGAGGACAAGAGUAACCAGAUACGGUUAAAAUACCAAACACCACAUGAAACUGAAUAAGAACUAGCAAGAAUGGGAGGAAAAAUUGACAAAAAAAAGAAACCUUCUAGUGCUGACACAACCCAAGCACAUGUCUGCACAGAGAAGUUACUACACAGCAAGCUGGAGCAUGAAGCUGUGGGGCACUGGAUUCCUCAACUGAUCAACUUCGAUCCAGUGGGGAGCUGGUGCGCAGUUCUCUCUCUCGGUGCAUUCAAACUGCAGUCCCUGAACUGUUUCUCCCCUGUGGAGCUAAACCCGCUGUGCCCCUGGGGAGUGGUGUUGGUUUGUAGCCCCUCACAUUCUGCUGUUCCUGCAUUAAGUCCAGAGGCACUGAGUCGUCUUUCAAAAUAAGUUGGGUCUGCUUAGUGCACGCUAAUGGGGCUGUCAUAGGAAAUGGAUGCUGAGUAGCUGGAAUGCCAUACCCUCUGCUGCUGUAAUGUUCCUGUGUGGAGAUCUCUUCUCUUCCUGAAAAGGGCCCUAAGGUAAAAGAAGCUGGAGGUUUUAUAGAUCGGAGCCAGCACUGUGACUUGCAUCCUGAAACUACUGAUGUUAAAAAGUUUCAGGAGCAAAUCCCCAAAAUUGCUGAGCACUAUGCUGAUACAGCAAAGCAGUAAGCGUACGCUUAGCCUCCAGAAAUAAUCUCAUUUGCUUCAAGUGAGAAAGAGCUGGUUGAACAAACGUGCCCACAAUUCACUGUAGAUCCGUGGCAAGAAUUAGUGACUGUGUAAGUCACUGGCUGCUGCAUAAUUGUUAUUUUCUUUGUGUAUUAAAAGGCACUGAGUCACCGUGAUCAGUUAAAUCCAAAGCAGCUUUUGCAGAGUUGAUAGCAGGUCCAGAAAUAACUAAUGUUUGUGCAAUUUCAUAUAGAGAAGUGAUGAUUUUGUUUGGGUUGUUGGUUUUUUUUUUAAUUGCUUUAAAAUAAUUUGAGGGCAGAUGCAUUGAUAAACAUUAGGUUAGUUUUCUAGCUAGCCGAUGGUGAUUUAGCCGUUUUCAUCAGUCAGUUGUUUGUCCUUUAGAGAGAGCUUGGGUGGGGACGAGUUGAAGAACAAAGGAGGAGAGCAAUGAGUAAAAGGUUAUAUUCAGUUUUGGACGUUGUAGCAUGUGGCAUUGCUUGUAAGCUGUGACUCAGUGGCUGGCCGAGGGCACAAAGAUCGCUCCUUUUUGCAAAACAAACUGGAAAGGUUCUAUUUCCUAACACUCCAGUGGUGUCCCUGAGACUGUUGUCUUUCUGUGAAGCACUUUGCCUUUCUCCUCUUUAUGUUUUUACUCUGUGUUUUAAUCGUCUGCAGUGUGAAAGUUUGUAUCAUAAAUGGACAUACAUGCGCUUGCUUCAUAUAUUUUAGAGGAAAUGUUCCUGCAUUUUAAUAAAAUUCUUUCAU